AUGGUAGCACACAUUUAGGUGCUUAGACGCUUAAUAAACAAGAGCAAAGAUCUAAAAAUCGUAUCCCGAGAAGACACUGAUGGACUUCUAGACGUCGAAUCAACUGCAAGAAAUCAGCUAAGCUCUGCAGGCAAUUUUUUAGAAAUGACAACGAGCCCCAAGCACCUUAUAACACCUUUAAAAAUCCCAAAUCUCCUUACUCCCCAUUAAAAUUGAAACAAAAAGUCCUGCUGUAAUUAAAAUGAGAAUUAAUUUUUUUUCAAAAAAAUAUAUAAACUUUAUUUUAUAAAGUAUAAAUCAAUUCAGCAUGAAAAAUGUUUAUAAUAUUCUAAAUUCAUUAAAAAAUAUUGCUAUUGAAAAAGCAAUUUGUUAAAAUUUAAAGGUAUUUAAAGUGCCUAAAAAUCGGAAUUUUAACAAUAUUUUUGCUCCAUUUACAGGGGGAGAUAGCAGGGCUACUCUCAAUGAUGAGGAUGAACUAUCAUCAGUCGAAAGACGAAAAUUGCAUAUAAGGAACACCCCAGUAAUAAAUUCAAAAUAUACUAACUGCCAGAGAAUCGGCUCCACACGGGAACCAUUUUCCACGUGUGGAGCGAUUUUUUCACACGUGGAAGUCAGGAUUCUUACGUGUGUGGAAAAAUGGCUCCAAACGUGGAAGAUGGUUUCCGUGUGGAGCCGAUUUUCGGUUGCCCGAGGAUGGCGCAAAUAGCACCAUCCUCGGACAAUUUCUAUAUCUCGAUGUUUGAAAAAGAAUGAGAAACAAGCUGCGAAGUAACGGCUUAAUGAUCCGUCUAAGACAAGAUUUAAAUCUAUACGGCACAUCCAAUGGUAUUUACCAUCAAAGAUCGCAGAAUCUUGAAGCUUUAUCAAAAAGUCCUGAAGUUACGAAUAUAAUAGAAGUAUCAACAGGAGCUCAAGAAAAAUUGCCUAUUUUUGUGUUUCAUCCGAAGCAUACAGCCAGGGUUAUUUGAAGUGUUAUUUUAUUAUUGAUUUUAGUGUACACAGCAACCAUAACUCCAUAUAGAAUUGCUUUUAAAGACCUAAACAAGGUUGACGAGGAAUAUGUGAUAGAUUUGAUUGUUGAUAUUUUAUUUUUCAUUGAUGUUAUUAUGAAUUCAAUGACUGCGUAUUUUGACGAUGAAGGAAAAUUAGUAGAAAAAAGGCUCAAAAUAUUAUGGAAUUAUAUGAAAUCUUGGAUGAUUCUGGAUUUGGUUUCAUGUAUACCUUAUAACUUGUUUAUAGAUCUUAAUGAAGAAUUUGCAACAACUAAGAACUGAAAUGUGUUGAUAAGGCUAUUGAGACUUCCUAGGCUUUAUAAGCUUUUCCAAGCUUCUAAAAUUAUGAGUUUGCUUAGGAGUUACAGAAGAAGCGCAUUUUUAGACAAAAUUCAAGACUAUUUAAGCAUAAAACACAGCGCGUUUAGACUUUUAAGCACAUUUGUGACUAUCCUUAUAUGUGCCCACUUAUCUGGCUGCACUUGGUUUUUGCUUGCAAGAGUCUAUGGAUUUUCCCCAAAUUCCUGGGUAUUUAAUUUUAAUGAUAUGGAUAAAGAUUCCUUCACUUUAUACAUAUUUUCUAUAUACUGGGCCAUAACAACCCUUACAACAGUUGGCUAUGGCGAUAUUUCAGCUCAAAAUAUCGUGGAAAGAAUCUACGCAAUGCUCUGGAUGCUUUUUGGGCUAUUUUUUGUAUCUUUUGCUAUAGGAAGCUUAUCUUCUUUAAUGAGUGGUCUCGACACAAAGGAAAAUCUUUUAAACACAAAACUGGCUUGUGUUGAUGAAUUUGCAAAAGAAACCCAUUUAAAUAACAAUCUUAGGCAUAAAAUAAGGUCAGCACUAAGGUAUUCAACUGAAAAACAAGGAUACUCGUGGAGAGAUAAACAGACAAUUUUUAAUGAGCUGCCGAAAAACUUGAGAUAUGAAGUUGCGUUGGCUAUGCAUAAAGGGGCUGUAAAGUCUAUUACAUUUUUUUCAAAUAAAGAUAGAGGCUUUGUAGCUGCAAUUGUGCCGUUUUUGCAGAAUUUAUUUUUAGCUUUCAGUGAAUAUGUAUAGUGAUGAUAAGGCAUUAAGGACUAAACAUUAUAUAGUUAAUAUUUCUGGCCUUUUUAAAUAAUAAAAUAUAUAUAAACAAGGACAAUAUAGCGAUGAAAUUUAUUUUCUUGUAAAUGGAAGGCUGAAUUAUGUAGAAGAAGAGGAAGGAAUUGUUUAUAAAAGUCUGCAAAGAGGAAGCUAUUUUGGAGAUAUAGAAGUUAUACAAAGAAUCCCAAGGAAAUACACGAUUCAAGCUGGCAUGGAUUGUGAUUUGCUAUCUAUGAAUAAAUCACUAGUAGACUUCAUAUUUGAAGAAUUCCCUAGUGUAGGGAAAGAAAUGAAAACUGUUGCUGAGCUAAGAGACAAAAUGAAUAGAAGAUCUUAUAAUGAAAUAAAAGAGUUGUUAAGGCUCAGAAAAACCAAAGAUUUAACAGGAGUGACAGUCAAAGAAGUAAGAGAAGUCAUCAUCAGCAAAGUUGAAAAAUUCGAUAAAGCUGGUACUAAAUCUAAAGAAAAAAACGACGAAGACCUAAUGGAACAAAUAAAAAUCUGCAUCUCUUCAAUUGAGCAGAAAAUCAUAAAAAUUGAAGAAGAAUUAAUUGAAACCAAAGCCAUCACAAAAGCGACCCAAGAGUGUAUGGGGCAUUAUGAACGAAACUCUUUGAUGGAAGAGUCUGAAGAAGGUAUAUUAAAAAUAAAUCAGUCAAACGAUUCAAGAAGCUUUAACGUCCUCGGAGAUGACAUUUCCUUUGCUUAA